AGCCGUGUGUCCGGGCCUCGCCGUGUCGGGAUGAGCCGCGCUUCCCCAUGGAGACCAAACGGGCCGAGAUCCCCAGCAGCGUCCUGGACGACCUAUGCAGCCGAUUUAUUUUGCACAUUCCAAGUGAAGAGAGAGACAAUGCAAUCAGAGUGUGUUUUCAGAUUGAACUUGCCCAUUGGUUUUACUUGGAUUUCUACAUGCAAAACACACCAGGAUUACCUCAGUGUGGGAUAAGGGACUUUGCAAAAGCUGUCUUCAAUCACUGCCCUUUUUUACUGCCUCAAGGUGAAGAUGUGCAAAAGGUUUUAGAUGAGUGGAAGGAAUAUAAAAUGGGAGUGCCAACUUACGGUGCAAUUAUUCUCGAUGAGACACUUGAAAAUGUUCUUUUGGUUCAGGGCUAUUUAGCAAAAUCUGGUUGGGGAUUUCCUAAAGGAAAAGUAAAUAAAGAAGAGGCUCCUCAUGAUUGUGCUGCUAGAGAGGUGUUUGAGGAAACUGGAUUUGACAUAAAAGAUUAUAUCUGUAAAGAAGAAUACAUUGAGCUGCGAAUUAACGACCAGCUAGCACGACUGUACAUCAUUCCAGGAGUUCCCAAGAACACAAAAUUCAAUCCCAAAACUAGAAGGGAAAUUCGGAACAUUGAGUGGUUUUCCAUCGAUAAAUUACCAUGCCACAGAAAUGACAUGACCCCCAAGUCCAAGCUAGGUUUGGCACCUAACAAAUUUUUUAUGGCCAUUCCUUUUAUCAGGCCAUUGAGGGAAUGGAUUUCCCGAAGGAAUGGAGGAGAUUCCUCAGAUAGUGACAGAUUUUCACCUACAGGGAGCACACCCUCUAAGCCCAACUUGGAAAAAGCUAGAUCCAGACUUCGUAGUAGUCAACAGCUGUUCACAGAUGGCUGUACAGGAGAGCAGUGGAUGAAGCAAAAGCAGCAACAAAAGCCAUGUAAUCAUCCUGAGAUGUCUGAAGUGUUAAAAACAAAGAGUCAGAGCUUGAAGGGCAAUGGCAGAAAGCAGAAUCAAGACACUCCUGCCCAAAAGAAGAGAAAUGGAGUCCACAGUCAACCAGCUAAGCAAAACCAUGCCUUGAAAUGUGAAAAAAAGCUUAAUCCAAGAAAACUUCAAGAUAAUUUUGAAACAGCAGAUGCAGCGUAUGAGAUCUGCUGUUCUGGUGAAGAUCUGCUGCAGGAGCAUGUAGAGGGGCACUCUGUGGCAUGCAAUGGCAAUUACAAAUUUGCUUUCUCAUCUAGAGCUUUCUUGAGUUUCAAAUUUGACCACAAUGCCAUAAUGAAAUGUUUUGACCUCUGACAGCAAAUCUUUUACGAACAAAGUUCAGACUUGCCUGUUGCAAUUGAGGGGGUUUCUUAUCUAGCCUUACUCUUUCUCAGGAGUUUUUUAAUUACUGUUGUUGAAUUUUUGUUGUUGUUCAUUUGUUUUUAAAUGCAGUGCAGGGGCUGACUGGUGGUUUGGAAGGGUUUGUUCUCUUUGCAGUUUCAGAGUGGCAUAGUCAAGUGUUGCACUUUAAAUGCAGUAUAGCCUUUGUCCACAAAAGUACCUUUCCAACCCUCAGUUUACUUGUUCCUAGCCAUGCAUUAAAGGGCAUUCUUUUUCCUCAUUUUUUUGUGUUUUUUUCAGAUUGACAUUGACUUUUUUUUUGUACUGCUGGAGUACACCAGCUAGUUAGACUUCUAACUGCUCUGAUGUAAAUUAUUGGACUUGUUAGUCAUUAUUUUAUAGUGCAUUGCAAUAUUAUGGCAGCGGCAAUGAAACUGGUUCUCAGAGGAUUCCUCUGUCCUGGUAAUUUUUAAACCGGAAGUUGCACAUUUCAAACCUUGCCUCAGCCUAUUAUCCUUCCUUUUUCCUGAUUGUUUGCCCGCUGUAUCUUCCCUCCUUCACACUGAAAAUGAACUUCUGAUGGCUGGCAAUCAGUAGUACAUGGGUCAAGUUAUAGCAAUUUGACUUCUCAGGUACCUACUCUGCCACUGUUUCUGGCAAGGAUAUGCAGACUAGGUAGAACUUAGCCUUGAGAGUGUCUAACUUCACCUCUUACCCAGAUGGGAACAGCACAUAAAAAGAAAAUUUUCAAAAAAGAAAAUCUCAAACUAGCUUGUGGGAGGUUUCCUAUGUAGAAUUUAUACUGAAUGUAAAUAAGCCUCUACAUCUUGCCAGGAGGAAAGAAGGUGCAUGGAUAAUAGAAUCAUUGUGUGACACUAAAUGACUUAAUCAGGCUUGCAAUAACUAUUCUAAGGAUGUCCAGUAUAGUAUUCCGUGCUGUUGUCGUCAGUUCUUCCCUUUAGUUUAUGCUCUGUAUAUGUAUAUAUAUAUACAUAUAUGUAGUAGUACUGAAUUGCACUUGCAGUUAGCAUUUUAAUGAUGUAGCCUCAGUCAUUUUCAGCUACAACAUUUUCUUAGUAAUAAUAUCAAAUGUACAAAGAAAAAAAAGCAGUAAUAGUUGAGGUGAUGAACUGUUAAGUGUUAAAUCACUCUGAUUCAUGAUAGUGAUUUGAACACGAGCUUUGCAGUUCAGAGAAACGCACUAAACUUAUUUGAUACAGCAGCUUGUGUUAUCAGGAAUAUUGUCCCAGAUUUAAAAAUGGACUUCCAACUAAAAUUAACUUGUGUGAUUAGUAACUUCCACCCUGAAUGAACUAGGCCCUCUUUUCUCAUUCAGAGUGUAUGGUCAUGCACUGCGUCUUUAUGCAACUCAUAUGGCAUCCAAAAACACAAUCCUUGUCUUCCUUUAACUACCCUGCUUCCUUUAUUACCUAGUGUUUUUCCUCAGAAAUAGCUUUAGAAUUUGGCUUGUUUAAUCUUCCUAAGGCCAGGUGAUUUGGGACUCCAGUGCUCUAACACUUCUGGCAACAAAAAUUGUGGAUUUUUCUAUAGGUUAACAGGAGAAACAGACUACAGCAUUUCUUCCUUCUGGAGGACAAGAGUCCUGAGGGCCUUGUUUUUCAAGACCAAAUCAUGAAAUAACUCAAUCUAGCUUUGUCUCACCUUGUUUAAAAAUAAAUAAAUAAAUGCAAAGGCUGUUCAAAACAUGAAGUUGAAAAGUACAGUAAGUGAAAAGGUGGGAUAACGCUGGAGAUUACUCAGCUUCAGGUAAAAGUAAUCCUUAGUUAUGUUUCUAAUGCAAGUAGUUGAUUUCCCAGCAAAAGUGCCUUUACUCAUGGUGAGGCAGACGUGUAUAUUCAUAUCUGGAGGCUGCUGCUGCCUGUGGAGUUAGCAAAACUCUCCUAGGGCAUGAUUCAAUAUCAGGCUGUGGAAAUCUGUAAAAUGUAGGUUGAUAUUUUUAAAAAGUUAUAUUUCAUGUAGUGCUCUGUGAAAUAAGGGGAAUGUUGAUGAAACCAUAAAUUUGGAACUUCUGUCACAGACAGAGGAAGUCUUUAAAAUGAAGCGUGUCCUAUGAAUAGGAGUUGCUGGGUGCUUUCUCUUCACUGGAUCAUUUUUUUUGUUCCUAGUGAAAGCCUGGCUCAGUGUAAGAGAGGCUGAUUGCUUCAUUAAGCAGCCCAAAGUGGGGCUUACACACAUUAAUGAUUUUAGUAAAUCUAGCCUUAAUGUGAGUUGCAAAUAAAUGUGAUAAAUAUGCAAUAACUUUUA